AGUAUCCUGCUCCGUCUGGGCAGGUGUAUCCACUUCCUGGCGCUUGAUCCUAUCUGAACUACAUUGUCCAGAAGACAUUACUCCGAGCUCAGCCAAUGCAAAUGAGCGUUUCGGUGACGACAAAACGACGCUGGGCGGGACUUUUGGCUUUGCGUGCAGGAGAUUUCUUUGAAACUUUCUGGAUCUGUCAGUCUGGUUCACAGAACAUUGGUUUCAUCUGCAUUGGUCAUGGCAGGAAAACGGGAGAGUUAGAAGCGUUUGUCUUCUGUCACGGAGACGGAUCUGAGGUUUGAGACGACCCGUGUGACCUGAUCGAGGCUUGGAGUAAGGAAUGGCCAUGUCCCUGGGCCCCGCCGGCCAGUGGAGCCCGAUGGUGAUCGUGGAGGCUGCGGGUGGAGCUCUGCCCCAGGUUUCCCAUUACUCAAUGAAGCCUCCCAACCAGGAAGAGGGCUGUGUGUCCUUUGAGGACGUGGCUGUGUACUUCUCCUGGGAGGAAUGGAAGCUGCUAGAUGAUUCCCAAAGGCUCCUGUACCAGACUGUGAUGAUGGAGAUCUUUACACUCAUGUCCUCGCUGGGACUUAUACCUUCUGGGAUCCAUGGCAUCACUCAGCUAGAGCCUUGGGGAGGGCCCUCUGUGCCUGCAUUGAGAUUCCUGACUCCAGGUUGUUGGAUCAAAGUGGAGAGUGAAGCACCCCCCUUUGAGCAGAGUCUUCCCAAGGAAGGAGAGCUUAAUUCAUCCAUGCUCCAACAGCCCAUGCUGAGCCAUGCUGAGACACCCUUGCUAAGUGCAGACAAUGCAAUGAUCCUCCAGACUUCCUCAGGUCUUCCCGGGCACCAGGUGACUUACACUGUCGGGAGCGCUGAGAGUGGAGAGGCCAUUCCCACUGAGAAGAGGAGCUGCAUUUGCAGUGACUGUGGCAAAGUCUUUACUAGUACAUCCCACCUUAAUCGGCACCGGAUGAUACACACUGGAGAAAAGCCUUUCCAGUGCAGUGAAUGUGGCAUGUCCUUCAGCCAAAAAGCCUUUCUCAUUAAGCAUUUCAGAAUUCACACCGGGGAAAAGCCUUUCAGGUGCAGUGAAUGUGGCAAAGCCUUCAAGCAUAAUAUCUCCCUCGUUUCUCAUCAGCGAGUUCACACAGGAGAAACGCCUUUUACGUGCAGUGAAUGUGGGAAAUCGUACAUGACCAGAUCCAACCUAACACGUCAUUAUCAGAUUCAUAGUGGAGAAAAGCCUUACACUUGUGGGGAAUGCGGGAAAGCCUUUAAGGAAAAAUCCAGCCUUGUUUAUCAUGCCCGAGUUCACACGCGGGAAAGGCCUUUCCAGUGCAGCGAGUGUGGUAAAUCCUUCAGCCAAAAAGCCUUUCUCCUUAAGCAUUUCAGAGUUCACACCGGGGAAAAGCCUUAUAGAUGCAGUGAAUGUGGCAAAGCCUUCAAGCAUAACUGCUUCCUGGUUGCUCACCAGCGAGUGCACACAGGAGAAACACCUUUUACGUGCAGUGAAUGCGGGAAAUCUUACAUGAACAGAUCAAGCCUUUUAUAUCAUUAUCGAGUUCAUACUGGAGAAAAGCCUUAGCGUGCAGCAAAUGCGGAAAAUCAUUUAAGAAA